UAGAAAAGUCCUAACUCCUAUGUGACUGUAGACUAAAAAAGGACCGGACAUCAUACGAGAGUUCCGCUUCAUCCGUGAAGACUUACGAGAAACACAGGAGAGGAUCUUGUCUGUGUGUACGUCCAGAUUCAUUCAUUCAUUUCCUUCAAACAUUACCAUAACCGACAAUACCUGACCAAACUUUCAAACCCGCUUUCAAUGCCCUUGCAUUCGCCAUUUCCAUUUUCAUAACAUAACAUGACAUUUGGCAUUAAAGUUCUCACUAAAAUAGCAAAACCUCAUUCAUAUCUCACCAAUUACUUAUACCAUAAUUACCAACCGAUUCAGACACCACCAACUUUCUUCCUGGAAUCGAUGAAAUGCUAUUGAUUUGUUGAUAUCGGUACAUAGAUAAAACUAGUGAAACUGUUUCAAUGGCAACUGUGAGCAAUGCUACAAAUAUAUUUUGGCAAGAUUGUCAACUAGGAAAGCCUGAACGGCAGAAGCUACUUAACCAAAAGGGAUGCGUUGUGUGGAUUACUGGACUCAGUGGAUCAGGAAAAAGCACAUUGGCAUGUUCUCUAAGCAGCGAACUGCACUCAAAGGGAAAAUUAUCUUAUAUCCUUGAUGGAGAUAACCUUCGCCAUGGACUAAACAAGGAUCUUGGUUUUAAACCUGAAGACCGCACUGAAAAUAUUCGCAGAACUGGUGAAGUGGCGAAACUCUUUGCCGAUGCUGGUCUAAUAUGUGUUGCAAGUCUGAUAUCUCCUUACCGAAGAGACCGGGAUACUUGUCGUGCCAUGUUGCCUGAUGCCAAUUUUAUUGAGGUCUACAUGAACAUGCCUCUUGCAUUGUGCGAGGCACGGGAUCCUAAAGGUCUCUAUAAGCUUGCUCGUGCUGGAAAGAUCAAAGGUUUUACCGGCAUCGAUGAUCCUUAUGAACCACCCUUGAAUUGUGAGAUAGAAAUAAAGGAGGAGGACAACGGAGUUUGUCCCACGCCAAAUGUGAUGGCAGGACAAGUUGUUUCUUACUUGGAGGAGAAAGGGUUUCUUCAUUGUUAGGGAAAUGUUCAUAUAUCUAUGGACUGAUUAUGAUGUCUCCUAGUAUAUUCUCUAACUAUAAUGUUUCUUCCAGUCGAAGUUGAAAUCGUAUUAAGUGGACUUGUAAAAUUCAUCAGCUAUAGUAUAUAUGAAAACAACCAUUCCAUUGAAUGGUGAAGAUUAAGUAA